AUGGCACCACACAGUGAAUUUGACGGCCACGAGGCCAACGGCAAUGGUGUUUCAAAUGGCAUCAACGGCCAUGCCCAAGUGGCACCCCCGGCGGCAGCGCCACACAACGUACACCGGAACAGGUCUGCCCAUCUUCAGGCGUCUGACCUGGAGUCGGUCCACGACCUGCUCUGCGUCGGUUUCGGCCCAGCAAGUCUUGCAAUUGCUGUGGCCCUCCACGAUUCCCUCGAAGCUGGAACUCUCAACCAGACUCCGAAUGUGCUGUUCCUGGAGAAGCAGCCCAGAUUCGCCUGGCACGCAGGCAUGCUGCUCCCUGGAGCCAAGAUGCAGAUCUCUUUCCUGAAGGAUAUGGCCUCCCUGCGCGACCCCAGGUCUCAGUUCACCUUCCUCAACUAUGUCCACAGCCAGGGCCGUCUGCUCGACUUCAUCAACCUGGACACUUUCCUGCCCGCCAGAACGGAGUACGAGGACUAUCUCCGGUGGUGUGCCAGCCACUUUGACGAUGUGGUGCGAUACAACAGCGAGGUUGUUUCUGUGUCGCCCGAGGAGGACUCGAACGGCGUCAAGAUAUUCACAGUUGUGGAGCGUAACGCCAAGACGGGCGCUCUGAGCUCGCACCGCGCUCGCAACGUCGUUGUUGCCGUUGGUGGACAGGCCACGAUCCCGAAGCCCCUGCCGGCAAAGAGCCCAAGGGUGAUCCACUCCUCCCAGUAUGCGUACAUGAUGCCCAAGAUUCUGUCCGACCGCAACGCACCAGUCCGAGUCGCCGUCAUUGGCGGUGGGCAGAGUGCUGCUGAGAUUUUCAACAACGUGUCGACUUUGUACCCCAACUCCAAGACGUACCUGAUCCACAAGGCCGAGUUCAUCAAGCCGAGUGACGACUCUCCAUUCGUGAACUGCAUCUUCAACCCGGAAUGGGUCGACAGACUGUACCCCAAGCCCGCCGAGUACAGACAGAGUCUCAUCAAGGAAUCCAAGGCCACCAACUACGGCGUAGUCCGACUGAAUCUCAUCGAGUCGCUGUUUGAGAUGAUGUACGACCAGAAGCGAGAGAUCGGCCACGACGAGACCCAGUGGCCUCACCGCAUCAUGGGCGGCAGACAGCUCGCGGCAGUCGAGGAGCAUGACGACAAGCUGCGCCUCAGCGUGUCUCAGGCAAGGCCUGGAUGGGAGCUCGCGCUCGAGGCAGACGGCCUUGCCGAGGUUCAGGGAGGCCCGCUGGACUCUGCCUCGGAGAUCCUUGACGUCGACCUCGUUGUGGCCGCAACCGGCUACCAGCGCAAGGCGCACAUUGAUAUGCUGAAGGAUGCCUGGAAGAUGCUGCCAUCGCUCCAGGAUGGUGUGAGCAGCCUCAAGCCUCGAUCUGACCAGUGGUCUGUGCAGACCGAUGAUGGUGAGAGGCGAGUGAUGGAAGUCUCUCGCGACUACAGGGUCAAAUUCGCCGAUGGCGUGGUCUCUUCAGGAUCUGGAGUCUAUUUGCAAGGUUGCUGCGAAGGCACCCACGGUCUGAGUGACACUCUUUUGUCCAUUCUGUCGGUGAGGUCUGGUGAGAUCGUGAAUGCGAUCUUUGGGAAGUCUGCAUAA